ACUUCACUUGAGGAUUCAUAGGAUUUCAUCUACUUCUGAAGAAUAUGUUAAGUUUCUGGCUCUGAAGACCUCAAGUCAUCUUAUGCUUCUCGAAAAUAUACUUCACAAUGUUUUACAUUUCCAACAUGAUUUUGAACUGAUGAUGUGCUUCAUUCAUCAGAUAAUUGAAGCAUUACUUCUGUAACCCCACCUGUUAAAACGGGUUACUUAGAGAAGAAUUGAGCUGUAUUGUAUGUACACUUGGUAUUUACAAGACAUUUUGCUCAGCGCCCAAAUCCCCAAAUUGGGAAAAUCUGGAUUUCAUUGAGGUCUGAAAGGCAGUUUGACCUCCUUGUUGUAUUAUUGUCUUGACAUAUCUCUGUGUGGAGCAACACAAAGCUCGUCUUUUUUGCCUGUGAAUUACUUUUUAGCCAACAGAAGCCUGGAUGACAUUUAACACAUAUUCUCUUCAUCAAAUGUGCCCAGUUUAUAGUGAAAGGAAUGGUCACCACUAUAAGACUUUUGUACAUAAUGUGUUGUAAUAAGGUCAGAAAUAAAGAAAAAAACAUUUUAACUGGAGAAAACAAAUGUUGAUUUUAACCAAAAGUGCACAUUAAAGUGCAUCAACAGGUCUUGUGGCUCAUGAGUACUUACUCAUUUGUGAAAAAAAGAAGUAUAAAGCUUUGGGUUAUAUUGCCUGCAGUGAUGUCACUCAGUGGAUAAAUUGCAUUUUAAAGUAAUGUAGGCACCAGUUUUGAAAAAGCGACCCGCAUUUCCAGCACAGCAAGUUUUGGACUUCUAGAAGAACUGUGGAGCUGUUGUUUUGGUGUUUGGUGAUCAACAGGUGGCGAUAACAAUUCAAGAUACACCAGUAAAGGCAGCAAAGAAGAAGUCUGCCAGCAUGCACACAUGGAUCCUAAGAGAGGAGGCUGGAUUUAAAAUGUUUUGUGGGGACAGAAGAACAUUCAGCACAUGUGUAAGAUCUCAAAGUUUCACUGUUUUGCUUUGUACUUUUUCAGAGGGAUGAAUGAAAAAUGAAUGAGCAGGCGGGGAGAUGCCAGAGGGACUGAUGUGGAACAAAGUUAAUGAGGCAGACCGAUUUCACUACAGGCCACGUCUGGCUGCUGCUGCACUUUUAAUAGUGCCACUGUAGAGUCUGCAGCUCCUGUUUGCCACCCGACCGAAUCAUCUGACAUUUCUACCACUGCCACACACCAGGUUUCCCCCCCCUCCUCACCUCACUGACCCAUGAAAGAAGCCAUGCCAGUCCUCACAGCAGGAGCGGGGCUGCACGAGACGUUGGCCCUGCUGACCUCUCAGCUGCGUCCAGAUGCCAAUCACAAAGAGGACAUGGUCUUCCUCAAGGAUGUCUUCAGCGAGAGGAGCUUGGGAUACCUCAUGAAGAUUCAUGAGAAGUUGCGACAGUAUGAGAGGCAGAGUCCAACGCCCGUCCUCCACAGUGCCUCAUCUCUGGCAGAGGAUGUGGCGGAGGAGCUGCAGAGCGGACCAAUGAGCACGGAGGAGAAGGAGCUGCUGCACCUGCUGACGUCACCACAUCUCAAGGCCGUUCUCUCGGUGCACGACACCGUGGCUCAGAAGAACUUUGACCCCGUGCUGCCGCCGCUGCCGGACGACUUCGAGGAGGAGCUGGAGGAAGAGUCGGUGAAGAUUGUCAGGCUGGUGAAGAACAAGGAGCCUCUGGGAGCCACCAUCAGGCGGGAUGAGGCCACUGGGGCGGUGAUCGUGGCUCGGAUCAUGAGAGGAGGGGCAGCUGACCGGAGUGGUUUGGUCCAUGUCGGAGAUGAACUCAGGGAGGUCAACGGAGUCUCUGUGAUCCACAAGAGGCCCGACGAGAUCAGCCAGCUGCUGUCCCAGUCCCAGGGCUCCAUCACUCUAAAGAUAAUCCCUGCCAUCAAAGAAGAAGACCGCCUGAAGGAGAGCAAGGUGUAUGUGAGAGCCUUGUUCGACUACAUCCCGUUGGAAGACAAGGCGACGCCCUGUCAAGAAGCAGGACUUCCCUUCAAGCGGGGAGACAUCCUGCAGGUCGUCACCCAGGACGACCCCACGUGGUGGCAGGCCAAGCGUGUGGGAGACAGCAACCUGCGGGCCGGACUCGUCCCUUCCAAACAGUUCCAGGAGAGGCGACUGGCCUACAGGAUGAAAAUGGGCACGCUCCCGAAUCCAAAAUCCCCUAAAAAGCCUGUCUACGACCAAGGAUGUGAUAAAGAGGACUGUGACUGUGAGGGCUAUUUCAAUGGACAGUACAUAGUCUCUCCUAAGUGUAAAGCAGUGGCGCCCUCCUGUGGCCAGGUGUUUUCCUGGGAAUUUUAUUCAGCUGGUUUACGGAGGAGUUUCCGGCUGAGUCGUAAAGACAGGCAAGGGUCCUCUGGAGAGGGCUCCGAUCCCGGAGACCCCGAUUUCAUGACAUACGAAGAGGUGACCCGCUACCAGCAGAAGCCCCAUGAGAGACCCCGACUGGUGGUUCUGAUCGGUUCCCUUGGAGCACGAAUCAAUGAACUCAAACAACGGGUGAUUGCUGAAAACCCACACCGUUUCGCAGUUGCUGUACCACACACCACCAGGCCCAAGAAGCCUCAUGAGAAGGAGGGAGUGGAGUACCACUUUGUCACCAAACAGCAAUUUGAUGCAGACGCUUUAAACAACAAGUUCAUAGAGCACGGGGAAUACAAGGAGAACCAGUAUGGCACAAGUAUAGAAGCCAUCCGCUCUGUGCAGGCCAAGAAUAAGAUGUGUGUCGUGGACGUGCAGCCUGAGGCGCUGAGGAGGCUGCGGACAGCGGAGUUCAAGCCCUAUGUAAUAUUUGUCAAGCCUCGAGUCCCUGAGAGCAGACGUCGCCGCAGCGCCGCCACCUCACCAGGAGGGGGAGAUCACGGUCGUGUUACAGAUGAAGACCUCCAGGAGAUGCGUCAGUCUGCCAUCCAGAUCGAUCAGCAGUAUGGACACCUGGUGGACCGGGUCCUGAUCAAGGAGGACUCAGCCAGUGCCUGUGCAGAACUGCGAGGUAUCUUGGAAAGGCUGGAGCGAGAGUCCUUCUGGGUGCCUGUCAGCUGGGUGCGGAGCCAGACUUAAAACCCGUCUGCAUCCUCCAAAAGAACUUCACAACCCACCCACCCAAAAUCCUGCACUGGUCCUCUCCUCAUGAGCUGAUACCCCUCUCCCCCCCCCCCCAAAAAAAAGGCCUGCUGGCACAGCCUGGGAGUCUGCUGAACUCCCCCCCCCCAUGUGACUGAUGCAGGGUUGGUCAGCUAGCCGUAAACUGAGGCACCACAGGGAGAGGAUGAUGUCAGAGGAAUACCUUGUUGCCGGGGCGAUGCAGCAGAUCGACAGCUCUCUUGGCCCGAGGCCGCCCAAAAAUCCCAGAUUUACUGUCACCUCCUCGAGUCGUAUGUAUCCAGGUUUGGUUUUAAUUUAUAGACUGACUUCAGAGGACGAGGGAUGGAUGAACAAUCUUAGCCUGAGAAGCGUUUUAUUCCUCACGCGUCACUAGAGUGUGUCAGGUCUGGGAUCUCACUCAGAGGAUUGUUCAGUCAGUCAGCUUUACUGUGACUCUCAUUGGAGUACCUUUUAGUAGCAUGUUUUUUUUGUUUUGUUUUGUUUUAUUCAUCUCAAUGCCAAUCGCAGAAUGCUUCCAAUUAAUUCUUACUGCUCAUGCAUCCUGUACAGUAUAAGAGCCGAUCAUACAUUCGUUCAGGAGUAAUUAGAAUGUACAGCUAAGUGAAUGCCAUUUGAAGCUGUUUCUUUUUGCUAAAGUCUCAUAAACUAAAUUAUACCCGAACGGAAUGUGAGAAGUUUAUUUUCUACCAAACUGUUUGUUUUUAGGAAACGCAUGACGACUGGUUAUUUAAUCUCAGAUGUACAUAUUGUAAAUGUCACUCCUCGUGUGCCAACGAAAGAUCUCGUAGCACUUCAAUGCAACCUGUUUACCGUCGAUCCCUGGGAACCCCACGUCUGUUUGUGUGUGUAUAAUAAUGCUGUGCACAAAGUGUGUGUGGAUGGAUGUCACAGUGUAUGUUCACAUACACCAACCUGAGAUGCUCCUUUUAUGUACAGGAAUGGAUUUUGUACAGUUUUCCUCGCACAUAUCUGUAUUUUUGACUGCGGGAGAAGAGUCGGGUACUCGGUGUCUGUUUACUUUGAUAAUCAGGGUUUUGUGUCAUUGAUGUCUUGUCAGACUGGAGAUGUCAGUGUUGAGAUGGGAGAUGUAAUAUCCACAGCUGUCACAACUCAUUUGCAACUAUCUGCAAAGACUCAAAUAAUUGAGGCAUAAUUUAAUUUAUUUAUCAAGAGAAAACAUUCCGACAAUUGUCAGGAUUCUUUCUUUUUUUUCUUGUUUGAUGGUAAAACUGAGAAUAAGUUUGCCUGACAAAACACGCAACCUGAAGAUAUUUCCUUUUAUGAUUAGGGAUGUGUGAUAGACAUUUCUUACCAUUUUUGUGAAAUGUCAGAGAGAAACUGCGACAUACUUAUGGAAACCCCUUUUUGUCUCUACUGUGUUUGACUUGAAAACUGGUGGGAAAAAAAAGGUUUUUCCAGGAUAAUCUUUCUAAGUUUGUGAAAAAAAAAGAAAAAAAAGAAAGAAAUUCAGCUGUGACUAAUGUGUGAAAUGUCUGAAACCAAGUGAAAUUCUCUUUCAGGAAAAACACACUCUUGUGUGACCUCAGAAAGGUUAUCCUGGCAAAACCUUGUUUCACCAGUACUCAACACAUAAUAACAGGAGAGAAACACAAUUUAGAAGUAACAGAAAAUGGAACAUCAGAAAAAAUAUUUUCUUAACUUGCCACUUGUACACAAUACUGAGUAAUGAAAACAGUUCAGUAGCAGCUCUAUCUGAAAUUACAGACUUGACAAAAACAUUAUAAAUGGUAUAAAUUUGACAUCACUGUGGUAUUUACAGUAGCAAAAUAAAUGUUUUUUAAAGUUAAA